AUGUUCGUGUGCAUGUUGAGUCAUGGCAUCGACCGGGAUACAUUCUACACACCUGAUAUGAGAAAGAUGGACGUCUCUGCGGUCCGAAAUAUGUUCAAAGAUCAGGCUUGUCCUCUCAUGAAGGGAAAACCUAAGGUUUUCCUUUUCAACUUCGGCUGCGGAAAAACUCUCGAAAGCUUCACUGGACAUAGUACAGGCGACGAUCUACCUUCGACGUCACAGAACGCGGUCGGACGCAACGAGGUACCUCCCGCACAGGACGAAGCCCCGCGUGACAUGCUAACACUCUACUCGUCGACGGAAGGCUCCAAGUCUUUUGAGUCGAGCGAAGGAACUUUGUUCGUGCGGUCCCUGUGCCAAAUUCUAGACGCCAACGCCCACAACACGGACAUGGUGAGCAUAGUUCAGAAUCUGGAUGAGUUCAUGGCACUGCUUCGGCUUUAA